AGUGGGUACGCUAUUAUUGAAGUGAGAAGGGGUUUUCAUCCAUGGCCACUGGGUGAGUGUUAGCUUACUGGCUUGGUUUUCCAUCUGUGUGCCGUGCGGUGCGGUGCGGUGCGGUGCCUUCUUCUCCCCUAACCCUCUCCUCGAUUUGAUCGUCGCCCUCUCUCUCUCAAUUCUUUAUGCCAGUAAUGCCAGUAGUCUCUCCUCACUGCCACUGCAACAAAAGAGGAAGACGAGAGUUUUCAUCGGGAAGGUAAAAAAAAAAAAAAAAAACAACAAAAAAUCGAAACUUUGCCAACCCCAUCUAACCAUCUCCACGUUACAUUUAUCCAAUCUCCUUCUCCUUCUCCUUCCUUCCUUCCUAACACAACCCACAAAGCAAUAACAUAUACAUCACAAACAAUUAGCAUGCCUGACCGCCUGCCUUUUCCUCUUUCGUAAAAGCCUGAUCUUUCCGAAGCUAAAAUCCCGGGAGUGCCCUCCAAAAAAAAAAAAAAAUAAUAAUAAUAAAAUCAACACUUGUUGUUGUUGUUGUUAUUGUUGUAUUCUAUGGAUGGUCCUGGCGGAAGUUCUUCAGGUAUGAUGAAUUUUGGAGAUCAAAAUAAUAGUAAUAAUGGGUUAUGUUCUUCCAUGAUGAUGAUGAUGCCUUUAAUGUCUUCUCACCACCACCACCACCACCAUCAAGGAGAUGCAUGUAAUCCAUUUCCUCCUCUUCCUUCUCCUAAUUACACUACCAACAACAUCAACAACACCAACACUUCUUCUUCUUCUAACCCUAUUUGUUACUUCAUGGAUGAACACACCACCACCACCACCACCAACAACAACAAUGAUAAUGGGUGUUGUAAUGCAAAUUCGUCUUCUUGUGAAUUGAAGGCCAAAAUUAUGGGUCAUCCUCACUACCACCGCCUCCUUGCUGCCUAUGUCAAUUGUCGAAAGGUGGGGGCGCCGCCGGAUGUGGUGGCGAGGCUUGAAGGAGCGUGUGCAUCUGCACUCACAAUCAGUGGUACGUCUUGUACGGGGUGUAUUGGUGAAGAUCCGGCUCUUGACCAGUUCAUGGAAGCUUAUUGCGAGAUGCUCACUAAAUAUGAACAAGAACUUUCCAAACCCUUUAGGGAUGCCAUGCUUUUUCUUCACCGAAUUGAGUGCCAAUUCAAAGCCCUCUCCAUUUCCUCCUCCGACGCUGUUUGUGGUGAGGCAUUUGAAAGGAAUGGUUCAUCUGAAGAGGAAGUUGAUAUCAAUGGCCACUCUAUCGACCCUCAAGCCGAAGACCGUGAACUGAAAGGUCAGCUCCUCCGCAAGUACAGUGGAUGCUUGGGCAGUCUGAAGCAAGAAUUCAUGAAGAAAAGGAAGAAAGGGAAGCUGCCUAAGGAGGCCAGACAACAGCUCCUUGACUGGUGGAGUAGACAUUACAAGUGGCCUUAUCCAUCUGAAUCACAGAAGCUAGCAUUGGCUCAAUCCACUGGGUUGGAUCAAAAGCAAAUCAACAACUGGUUCAUCAACCAAAGGAAAAGGCACUGGAAACCCUCUGAAGAUAUGCAGUUCGUGGUGAUGGAUGGUGGGCAUCCGCAGUAUUACAUGGACACCGUGUUGGGCAAUCCUUUUCCCUUGGAUAUCUCUCCCACUCUACUCUAAUAAAUUAAUUUCCAGAUUGUUGUGAUUUUAAUAUACCAUGCCUUUUCUUUUUCUUUUCUUUUGUGUAUCAAUGUUUGAGGAAUCAUCCAACUUGUUUGGGCACCAACAUAUAUGCUUUUCUUACUUGAUAUUAUAUUUGCCAACGCAGGAGUUGGAAAGUUGAACAUCAA